GAGGAGGAGAAGACAAAAGCCCCAAGCGAGGAGGGCUAGGGCCGCACAGGGCUGCCGCGACUCGUGCAGGCCGCAGCGCACCGGGCUUGGGGACCGCCACCAUGGGCAAGGGCGGGAACCAGGGCGAGGGGGCGAUCGAGCGCGAGGCGCCCAUGCCCACCUUCCGCUGGGAGGAGAUUCAGAAGCACAACCUGCGCGCCGACAGGUGGCUGGUCAUCGACCGCAAGGUCUACAACGUCACCAAGUGGUCCCUCCGGCACCCGGGGGGCCAGCGGGUCCUCGGGCACUACGCGGGGGAAGAUGCCACGGAUGCCUUCCGUGCCUUUCACCGGGACCUGAACUUGGUGGGGAAGUUCUUGAAGCCUCUGCUCAUCGGGGAGCUGGCGGCCGACGAGCCCAGCCAGGACCGGAACAAGAACUCUCAGAUCACCGAGGACUUCCGGGCCCUGCAGAAGACGGCGGAGGACAUGAACCUGUUCAAGAGCAACCACCUCUUCUUCCUGAUGCACCUCGCACACAUCUUCGUCCUGGAGAGCAUCGGCUGGUUCACCCUCUCCUACUUCGGCAACGGCUGGAUCCCGACCCUCAUCACGGCCUUCAUCCUCGCUACCUCUCAGGCCCAGGCUGGAUGGUUGCAGCAUGACUAUGGCCACUUGUCGGUCCACUCCAAGUCCAGGUGGAAUCACUUCAUGCACAAGUUCAUAAUCGGCCACAUGAAGGGCGCCUCGGCGAACUGGUGGAACCACCGUCACUUCCAGCACCACGCCAAGCCCAACAUCUUCCACAAGGACCCCGACGUGAACAUGCUGCACGUGUUCGUGCUGGGCGAGUGGCAGCCCGUCGAGUACGGCAAGAAGAAGCUGAAGUAUCUGCCCUACAACCGCCAGCAUGAGUACUUCUUCCUGAUCGGGCCCCCGCUGCUCAUCCCCAUGUACUUCCAGUACCAGAUCAUCAUGACCAUGAUCGUGCGCAAGGACUGGGUGGACCUGGCCUGGGCCAUCAGCUACUACACCCGCUUCUUCAUCACCUACACCCCCUUCUACGGCGUCUUGGGGGCCUUGCUCUUCCUCAACUUAAUCAGGUUCCUGGAGAGCCACUGGUUCGUGUGGGUCACGCAAAUGAACCACAUCGUCAUGGAGAUUGACCGGGAGCCCUAUCGGGACUGGUUCAGCAGCCAGCUGGCGGCCACGUGCAACGUGGAGCAAUCCUUCUUCAACGACUGGUUUAGCGGACACCUCAACUUCCAGAUCGAGCACCACCUGUUCCCCACCAUGCCCCGCCACAACUACCACAAGGUGGCACCGCUAGUGAGAUCCCUGUGUGCCAAGCAUGGCAUCGACUACCAGGAGAAGCCGCUGCUCAGGGCCCUGCAGGAUAUUGUCAAGUCCCUGAAGAAGUCGGGAGAGCUCUGGCUGGAUGCAUACCUCCACAAGUGAAGCCGCGGCCUGGCGGGGGCAGGGCGGCAGCUGGCGGCCACAGCAGGCUUGGCCCCGUCCCCCCUCUUCCCGUCCCUUCUCCCCUCCUGCGCCUCUGGUUCCGCCCCAUCCCCCCCCCCCCCGGGGCCUACAGCCCCUCCUCCCCCAAUUCUUCCUCAGAGGCUCUGAGUGGGGGCCCUAGCAGGUGCCCCCUGGGACCCCUUCAGAGCCUGGGGCUCAGUGGAAUCCACCCCACCCCACCCCAUCCCACCCCCCACGGCUAGGCACACCCCUUCUCACUGCCUUCUGCACUCACACCUUUUUUCUGGUUUGGUAACCCUUUUUUUGCUGUAGCAUCUCUCCUGACAUCAGGCGGGGAUGCUGGGUGCUGGGCCUCUGACAAUCUUACCUUCUGCCACCAGCAGGCUCGCCCCGGGUGUGGGGGGGGGGGGAGGAAGUGACCCAGGGAUGCUGAGGAAGGAAGUGGGGGGUGACGUGAGGAGACCCGGGGCCAGGGCCCAGGGGUGCCCUGGGAUCUAACCCCACUAACCCGUUUGUAACUUGGGCUGGAGCCCGGGAGACAGCACUGAGCAUGGGGGGGCCUUCGGGUGACAGCGCCUCGGGGGUCACAGUGAGAUGACCCCCCCACCCCCUUAGCGGUAGCUGCUCUGGGAGGGCCCCUGCCAGGAACACCCCAGCCUUGAAGCCGCCGUGCCCUCUACCCGGAACUGGCCGGGACCCGCCCUUCAUUAUCACUCGGUUCCCCACCCCGCUCUGUGAUUUUCAGGAAAUAAAGAAGUAAUUUUAUUCUCA